AUGCCUCUGCAGCAGAACGUUUUUUACUGCGGCAUCUUCGUCUGCCAGUACAUUCAUGCGCUUGUGGAGGCGUGCUUCGAAGGUGCUGAGAAUGGGGUGCGGUUCAGCAUGAGCCCAUUGGUGUACCGUCGUGGGUUACGGGAUGAUGUGUGCGCUCUUGCAGAGGGUCGGCUGAGCGGCGAGCUCACGGCAGCAGGGCAUGAGAUCCCUUGUGGCAAUGAGAUAAGGAAACCACCUGAGGUCGAUGUGAUUGGUGAUGAGGUGGAGGAUAGGGAGUGGAGAGCAGAGAUGGCAGAACGGAUGCAUCGGCUGGAGGUUCGCAACGAGAGUCAGGCGGUGGCUAUUGCCAAGCUUGAGAGGCAAUUACGGGAGCUGAUGCUAGAUCGUCCUCCGCAUCAUGGUGUUGACUCUGCGAAUGGUGAUGUGGCACCGGACGGUGGACCUGGUGCUCCGGCACCCGUGGUAGUCAUGGGUGGGGACAAUGGUGGCAAACAUGACAGCAUUGGAGGUGCACAUGGUGAGGGUCCUGUGGCUGACGUUGAGACGGGUGCAGUGAAUGUCAGUGUGCGUGAAGGUGGUGUGGAGGGGGAUACACUUGACGAGGUGCUGGAGAGGCCGUGGGUGCUGGGCAUGGUGUGA